GGAAAAAACUUCCUUAUUAUAAUUUAAUUGUGCAUUAGAUAUUUGUGCUCCAGAUAGGUAGCAAAAUCUCACCUUUAAUUUAUUUUUCAGAACAAAUACAAACUAUUAUGAUGAUGGAGGAGUCUGUUCAGCAUGUUGUCAUGGCAGCCAUUCAAGAGCUUAUGAGUAAAGAAACUCCAGCAUCAGUUGGAAAUGAUGCUUAUCUGGAUCUUGAUCGUCAGUUGAAGAAAACUACUGAAGAGCUAAAUGAAGCAUUAGCUGCCAAGGAGGAAAUUUCACAAAGAUGCCAUGAACUGGACAUGCAGGUUGCAGCUCUACAAGAAGAAAAAGGCAGUUUACUAGUAGAAAACCAAGCUCUUAUGGAGCGCCUCAACCAAUCUGAUUCUAUUGAAGAUCCGAACAGCCCAGCAGGACGUAGACACCUUCAAUUACAAACUCAGUUGGAACAACUACAAGAAGAGACUUUUAGAUUGGAAGCAGCAAAAGAUGAUUAUCGGAUUCGAUGUGAGGAACUUGAAAAAGAAGUUUUAGAAUUACGACAGCAGAAUGAGGAGCUUACUAGUCUUGCAGAAGAAGCCCAGUCUUUGAAGGAUGAGAUGGAUGUGCUUAGGCACUCUUCUGAUAAAGUGAGUAAGUUGGAGGGCAUGGUAGAGUCAUAUAAAAAGAAGCUGGAAGAUUUGGGUGACUUGCGUCGACAGGUGAAGCUUCUUGAGGAAAAGAACACGAUGUACAUGCAGAACACAGUCAGUCUAGAGGAGGAGUUACGAAAAGCAAAUGCUGCACGAGCCCAACUGGAAACAUACAAGAGACAGGUUCUUGAGCUUCAAAACAGGUUGUCCGAGGAGUCCAAAAAGGCAGACAAAAUGGAGUUUGAAUAUAAAAGAUUAAAGGAAAAAGUGGAUACUCUUCAAAAAGAAAAAGAUAGGUUGAGAACCGAGAGAGAUUCUUUGAAAGAAACUAUUGAAGAACUGCGAUGUGUUCAGGUGCAUCAAGGCCAACUUUCAGCCGGACUUAUUCCAAUCAACAGUCAAGAGGCAUCAGACAGUUUAGCAGCAGAGAUACUCACACCUGAAAUCAGGGAAAAACUUAUCCGGCUACAGCAUGAAAACAAGAUUCUGAAGUUGAACCAAGAGGGAUCAGAUAACGAAAAGAUAGCUCUACUGCAAAGCUUGCUGGAGGAUGCCAACAGAAGGGAGAGUGAACUGGAAACAGAGAAUAGGCUAGCCAAUCAGAGGAUUUUGGAAAUACAGUCUCAGGUUGAAGAGCUUCAGAAGGCAUUGCAAGAUCAGGGCUCAAGAGCAGAAGAUGCUAUUUCAAUUCUUCUGAAAAAGAAACUGGAGGAACAUCUGGAGAAGCUUCAUGAAGCCCACACUGAGCUUCAGAAGAAACGAGCUUACAUUGAUGAUUUAGAACCAAAAUACAAUAACAGCUCUCAAAAAAUUGAAGAGCUUCAAGAAGCCUUGAGAAAGAAAGAUGAAGAUAUGAAACAAAUGGAGGACCGAUACAAGAAGUACUUAGAAAAGGCUAAGAGUGUAAUCAGGACCUUGGACCCCAAACAGAACCAAGGAGCAGCCCCAGAAGUUCAAUCUUUGAAAAAUCAGCUGCAAGAAAAGGAACGAAUGUUGCAUUCCUUAACGAAAGAAUAUGAGAAGACAAAGAUUCAGAGAGAUCAUGAAGAGAAGCUGAUUGUUAGUGCAUGGUAUAACAUGGGAAUGGCUCUUCAUAAGAAAGCAGCAGAAGAAAGACUUGCCAGCACUGGUUCAGGACAGUCCUUCCUAGCUAGACAGAGACAGGCAACAAGUACACGGCGACCUUAUCCUGGGCACGUUCAACCAGCAACAGCAAGCGUUUCAGCUGUCUGCAUUUUCUAUCAUGAGAAAAGACCAUUCAGCCAUCAAAUCUACUUUCUCUGGGUCAACAAAACUCCCAUCACCACAUCCAGCUCUAUUUGGAACAAAACUAACAUUUUUACCUUUUCUACCUUGCCUGGCAUAUUAUUUCACACAUUUAUCAUUCUUUAGGAGACGUACUUCUGCCAGAUUCCUGCUUUGGAAUAUUUUCACUCAUUUCCACUUGCGCUUUCCUUCUGUUUACUUGAAGUAGUGAUAUGAAUUUAUGUUUCGACGCUAAGUACUUUGCUGUGCCUUGAUGGUCUUUUUUUCCAGAAUAUAAAGCUGUUUUUCAUUGGGAUUGGACUUCUCUCUCCUGUGUCCUUUACAACGUCAGUAUAUAUCUUUUUCAGUGAAUGUGCUGUUGAGAACUGGAUACAGUAAUUUAUGCAUAAACACCAAAAAUGCCAAAAACACUCAACAGGUCAAGCGAUGUAGAAUUGGCAUUUCAGGUCACUGACACUUCAUCAGCAUCUGCAGUAUUUUUCAUCUGUUUUCUAGUAGUGUAAAUUGUUGCCCUACCAGUGUACUGGAAAUCUUACAACUUCAUGGGCUUCCACUAAUUAUCCUGUAUAAACUGUUUAGUCAUACUAGCUAUAUGUUGGAAAUGGUCUACUCUUCUGAUUCUUUUCUAAAUAUGUGUGAACUCAAUUGUCAUUUAUAUAAUUUUUGACCGAUACAUUGAUCAAUAGCCAGUUUUGACUUUUUUAGCAAAACUGUUCUCUCUACCAUUCUAGAGUUAGCCCUACAAAUUUGAUCCAUUUAAUUAAAAUUUUCAAAUGGACUAAAAUAAUCCCUCGGUUGACACAGCUCUGUUUCCUUUUUAACCAGUUUCUUGCCUGGUCCCUUGCUCUUGUAGUUAAACUUAAAGGGAUGUACAGGGCCAAAGAUUGCAGUCCCAUCAAGUUGGCCCCAAACGAAUUUUAUAAGUCUUUGUCAAAACAUUUUAUCCAACUUGUAGCAUCAAAAAUGUUCUUCAGAAAGAUCCUACCUCUCUAAAUCCUUGCUGGCAGUUUCUAAUAAAGUUAUUCCUGUAUAGAUUCUCUUCUAAUCUGUCCCUUUAAUAAAGAUUUAUUUCAGCUUAAAUUAUGUACUCGGCUGCAGUACAGUUUGAUACCAAGAAAAAUGGGAUGAUUGGUAGCUUACGUGCUUUUCUUAACAUUAUAUUCAUCAUUUUUGUUUGAGUAGGCAAAUAAAAGCUAGAAGCCCUACUCUUGUCAAAUGUAUAGAAAGAUUUAUUAUGCUCUAUUUCUUCCUACGACUAAAACGUGAAGAUAUUUAAAAUUUAAGCUUUGCGUUAUCAGUUAUUUUUGCAAAAUCCUUAAUAAAUCACGAAUUACAGAAUUGUUGCAUUAUCAUGAGCUACAAUAUGAUCUUCCAACACUUGCUUCACAAUGGCUUGGGUGGCAGAAAUUGACAACUUGCCAAAAUGAAUUAACAUUUGUAUUAUGAGAACUAUGCACUAAUACUGAAUAUUGUCAUUGCCCUCAUGGUAAUUAAGAGGUACGCCGUUCUUCAUUUACAGUUACUUUUGUUGCUUAUGCAGGUUACAUUACUGUCAGUAAUAACUGAGUACCUGGUUUGGAAAAUGAGAUCUGAGUUGCUCAUUUUUGAACUGUUAAUAACUAGUCAAGUGGUAUUUUAAUCCAAAAUAGAAUAUUAUGAUAAGCAUGAUGACUUGCAAAUAACUUUAACUGUUAUUUAUUUUGUAGCAAUACUCUAUAGUGAUGGUUACUAAAUUUAGAAGCACUAACCCUUCCCAGUAAAUGCUAAGUAAAAGGCAUGCAAUUAAUAUUUUUGUUUAAUUUUUUUUUUUUCUUCAUUUGCAGUGACUUGAUUGCAUGAUCUGCAGCAUGGCUUUCCAGCACUGGUUGUUCAUUUGCAUGACUGACACUUUGGAUGCAUAAUCUAUUAACCUGCUACUGUUCAAUUUUCUAACCUGCCUAUACAACAAAUGUAAUGGUCCAGGUCCCCUCUGUAAUCUAGAUGUCUGGACUUAUUACUAAAAGGAACUGGACAACACACUCUGGUUGAGCACCCUGUGCUUUUCUGGAACUUGGCAUCAUUCUGACAGACCAGUGGUCUUAUCUUCCGGCUAACAAUUGAAAUCAGUUACCCAAUGGUGCACAUUCUAGUUGUCCAAGGUGAAACCAUGAUUCCACUAGCAUGGAAUGCUAACUUGAGCACAAAAAUUAACUAUUUGUUUCCUGAAAUGUGAGUACCUGCAGUAUCAUCUGGUGCCAUUUUCAAGCCAGUUAUUCAAGUGGCAGACUGAGUGUAUGAGCUCUCCAUAAUAAAGCUCAAUUAAGAUUUACAACAAAAAGACUUUUAUAAGCAUAAACAUGAAGCACCUCAGUACUUACACAAAGGUCAAUAGUUUUAAUACUUUAUUAUUUUCUUAGGCUGCUUUUUGAUUUGCCUUGUCAGCUCAUAACAUGUUCCUGUUUACUAUUCAAUUUUCUGCUUUGUUCUCCAAAAUGAAAAGCGGAGUCACAAAGUGCAAGUAUUCAUAAUAUGCACUACAACUUAGUAUUGUAUUUAUUUACCUUUUGUAUUUUGAUUGAAAUGUAGUAUUCAGUGUUGGAGAAUUAAGGAAAGGUUGUUUGUUUGUGUCUCAAAACAUGUUAAAAUUAUUAGUGUUGUAAUUGAUUUUACUCUCUGCUUUAAUCUCAUUGUGUAAUUGCCUAUCUAAAUGCUGCUUGUAUAAAUUAUGUACAUAUAAUAAGCCAACAGAACUGGGUUAUCUUUGUUCAGGAAAUGUUCACAAAGUGAACAAUAUAUUACACAAUAUCUUUCUUCAAUGUAUCUUUGCCCCAAAUGUUCCACAUACUGCAAAAAAUGUACAGUUCAAUAUAUUGUAAAUAAAGUCUGUCAAUAGUUCAGAAAA